AACGAAAGAGAAAGACGUCUUCUUUUGAAAAAUGUGUGACAUCAACAUGUACAUCAUUGAGUAAAAGAUGAAUACCAAGUGUUCCUGAAUUGUGGGCAGUCAUGGAGGAAAAACAUAAAGUCCUGCUCCGCGCCAAACGCCUGGAGAUUACAAGUGAUCUGCGGUUCAGGGACAUUCGGCGACGCCUUUUGGACAGCGGAAUUCUCAAUGGUGAGAACUUUGAUGAGAUUGAAAAUCAGCAAACUCGUGAAGACCAAGCUAAAUCCUUGUUAGACAUUCUUCCUACCAGAGGACCGAAUGCAUUUGGUGUGUUUCGAGAUGCUCUGAGGCACCGUUAUCCACAUUUAGCACGGAUAUUGAACGACGAAGGCCAACAGGGACAACCUGAAGCGCCCCGUGUAUUCAUCAUUCACGCAGGAGAAGACAAAGAAUCAGUUGUCCGCCCUUUGGUCGCCACGCUUCAACAACAAGGGUUGGCGGAGAAGGACAUAUUUUUCGAUGACGUUUCCAUCAAACCGGGUGAAGUUAUUAGGGACAGAAUAAUCUCGACCUUAUCAAGUCAAAGUUUAGAACUUGCUGUCGUUGUCGUCAGCACAUCAUUCCUGAACAAACCCUACUGGCCUAAACUGGAGUACGAAACGUGUCUGAAAAACAACAAACGGAUAUUCCCAAUUUGGGUAGAUGCUAACGAGGACAAAUUCAAGGCCUUCAGUGAGUUAGUCGGGAAAUACUCUCCCACACUGAAACAGAUGAGUGCAAGGCGUGUACAGAGAGAUGAUGUUACUGACGAGCUGACAAACAUCGCUGCAGAAGUCGUUCAGCGACUUUCUACGUUGAGAAGUGGCACACCUCAGCCUGCAGCAAUCCAAACACUUGUGUACUUGACACCCUCGAAUUCUCCAUCACCAAGCGAUUCUGGAUCAUCGGACGAAGAAACCAGAACCACUGACCAAGACAUGCAAGCGACAGGUGUCAGUAACGAACAAUGGGUAGAAGACAGACUCAAGGAUGAAAAGGCGAGGCAGUUAGAUUUGCUCGGCAAAUUGGGAAGCAUCCAGCUAGGUUUGUUGAGGGAAGCAGAAGGCCUUCUGUCCAAGGAAGAGACAGAAAAGCACACGAAAGAGGUUCUGACACAAUUACUUAAAUCAGGGAUAGAUAUUCUUAAAACCAAGAUGGGUUGUGCAAUCCUUCACCUGCUGCCAAUCAAUCAAUCAUCUUUGGACUCGUUCUGGGCAGCUUACAUGUCUGGACAGCUCAGUGCUGUCUUGACAGAACGCCUUAUCACUGACGAGAUGCGAAGAUUUGCCGGCCAAGACUUGGCGGUGCGGGUCAUCAUGCUGGAAGAGCAGUACCGGCAGUGGUCAGAAUAUUUCAAAGCAAGAGACAUGGCACAGACAGUCCAGGACUUUCAGAGUCUCACCAUAACACCUGCAGCUUCCUGGACACCCCCUGCUGUGAGCCAUUCCACGUGGGAAAGCUAUGCGGAAGAGUACCUAGCUGCCGACCCUGAACAGGUCAAACUACUGUUAGACAGUGCAUGGAGAGAUCCUGUAGUAGAACUUGUUGUAUUGAUCCCUUUCUUCUGGCCACAUAUUAUCACCUAUUGGCUAGAGAGAAAUCAUAUAUUCCCCCGAACCCUCACAGAGCUCUUGCAGUAUUCUCUAUGCAAACAUUUUGCAAUGGAAACUGGUAUUGUUUCAGAACAACAAUGUGCUUCUUUUUCUGAAUCUAUAGCUGAAUCCCUGAUAUCGUUAGGAUCAAAAGGUAUGGGCAGCAUUGUGGAAAGAAACUGCAGAGAGAUAGAUCUUAGUGCAGAUGACAGAAAUAGUCUUGACCGUGAAGUCUUUGGCCUGCUCAAACUGACUGAAACUAAAGGGUACACCUUUGUUAACACGUUCCUACAUGACUACUGUGUAGCACUGUACAUCAAGAAUGCCAUAGACAAAGUAACAGACACGGCUGUACUUCAGCAAUUGGUACAGAAUGCAGGCAGGAUGCCACUUGUUUGUUUCUUCGUGAGUGGGCUUUUAAGUGACAGGGCUGGUGACUUUCUGUCAGCUUUGGUAAAUGAUGGCGAGUUUAGUAGCCCAUUUGAGAAGGUAGAGACUUGCUUGAUAGCAUUGGCAGAGACAAAUCAUGUACAGAGUUUGUAUCUUUGUAUUGAAUCUGUCUUUGACGGAAAUGUUUUGGAUGUUUCUUCGGAAAAUAUCCUCUCCCUCUUGUUCUCCUCAGCAGCUAUCAGAUUUAUCAACCAGUCUCAUGUGGUUCAGUCUGUCCGACUUUGUGAUCGAAGCAAACUGAAAAAAGUGGAGUCAACGAUUUUGAGCGAAUUGGAAACCAAUCCAGAUGAAGAGUCUGUUUUGUUGGGCAGUGAUUUGUGGUCUAAUGUCUCUGACAGAAAGUUCAUUCUGCUACUCCUACAGUGUAUUCCUCUGUUAUCUGCAGUGAAGAAAGCAGGAAGUAAAAGUGAAGAACCGAUGAUGUCUAAAAUCCCUCUACAAAGACUUAGAAUUACAAUGUUUUCAUCCGGCACAAUCAACAAUAAUCAGCUGUUUCAGCUGAUACAAGCUAUGAAGCAUAUGGUUUCUCUCACGUAUUUGGACCUGAGGUGUAACCAUGUUCAUGAUGAUCUUAUCCACCACAUUUCUCCAAGUACAAAAUACUGCAGUACAUCCAAACUUACACCUAGUCCAGUAAUGAUGCUAAUGUCAAGCCUGCCCCGUCUUGGACGAUUACAGGAUCUAGAAUUUGAUGAUUGUACUUUUCUAUCAGCUGCUGAAGUCAGUGCCAUGUGUGACAGCAUUAAGGGCUCAUGGUCGUUGGUCAAGCUCAAUAUAACUGUGCUGCCGGCUGAAUGGAAUGAUAUGAUGGGUGCUGCAAUAGGAAAGCUCUUCCUCAGGCUACCUACUCUAAAGGAUCUUGUGAUAAGUAAUGGUCGUAGUGAAUCAGGCACAGCUCUUUCUCAUGCUGUGACGCACCUUGGUGCACUUAGAAAGUUACAAAAACUAGACAUACGAGUGAAAAUGUCAGAUGAUGAGGCAAAGGCACUCGCCGUCAGUCUUCAACAUUCAGAAUGCCUUGAGGAGUUUCAGCUGUGGAACUGUGGAAUAAACGACACAAGAUGCACUGCCAUAGCAAAGGCAUUUGUAAACAUGGGGUCACUGAAAACACUAGAUCUAUGUUUAAACCAAUUUUCUGUAUUUGGUGCAAAAUCAUUCGCUACCAAUGUUGGUCAUCUGUCCUGUUUGGAAGAACUUGAUCUGAGUUUUAACAAGUUGUCAGCUGAUGGAUGUAUUGUGAUUACAGAGGCUUUUCACAAGAUGAGGUCAAUCAAACGUUUGCGCCUAGAUGGUAACAACAUUUCUGUAUCUGGUGCAAAAUCAUUUGCUUCACAUGUUGGUAAUCUGGUCUGUUUGGAAGACCUUUAUCUGAGUUCUAAUAAGUUGUCAGGUGAUGGGGUCAUUCUGAUUGCAGAGGCUUUUCACAAGAUGAGGUCAAUCAAACGUUUGCACCUAGAUAGCAACAGAAUUUCUAUACCUGGUGCAAAAUCAUUCGCUGCCCAUGUUGGUAAUCUGGUCUGUUUGGAAGACCUUUAUCUGAGUUCUAAUAAGUUGUCAGAUGAUGGGGUCAUUUUAAUUGCAGAGGCUUUUCACAAGAUGAAGUCAGUGAGACACCUCGAUCUGUCUGACAAUGGUAUCUCUGAUAGAGGUGGUACAGUUCUGAUGGGAAAGAUAAGUUUCCUCACAAACUUACAUCGGAUAGACUUGCAUGGCAAUAGGAUGACUGAUGCUGUUGCUCAGCUUGUAGUUGAUACUGUGAAGGGAAUGGAGGGACUAUGGCAUGUUGAUCUUAGCCACAAUUGCUUCAGUGAUGAGGGUGUUGAGAUACUGAAACAAUGUGAUGAUCACAUUCGGUCUGAUGAUCAACAUCCAGAAUGGUACUUACACAGCCUGGAUUCACUAGAGAGUAAGACACUGUUUCAUAAGGGGACUGAGGGUCAGACAAGAAGUUUAUCCAAGCCUUCUGCACCAUACGGAGUAGAAAGCAGAACUAAAGUGAUGAAAGUUAAACAUAAAUUCCAUACUGUAGCUCCUGCAGGAUCUAUGCAAGAAGAGGCUGAGGUAGCUGAGACAAGUAAGAGCACUAAAAGUUAAGUACACAGGUAGCUGGAAGAAAAGGAUAUAAUUUACAAGUAUAAGUAACAUUGUUGACUUUGCAAAUUCUUUCUGAUUGUAUGUCAUCUUUGUAUGAUGUACAUACUUUUAGGUAACUAUGUCUUGUAUCUACAUGUACAUAUAUGCAGCUCAUUUUGUUAUAUUUUUGUUACACAAAUGUGUUAAUUAUACAUAUAUAUUAUAUCCAUAGUAAGAACAUGUUUAUAAAAACUGCCAUGUAGAUAUUGGAAUUCGAAUCUCUGAUCAAGUAUAUUUUCAAUGCAAUUUUCUAGUUUUCCUUUAGAAGAUUGAUGUUAUUAGAACUUUGCUUUAGAACAACAAUGUCUAGUCAAAGUGAGGUUUCUUGAACAUAUAAUGAAAGAUAUGGCAACAAGCAUUGAAAAAAAAUGUUCUGCAGUACUAGUAACGAUAUACCCCUUAUGUUAUGCAAUGUACAUCUAUAGAGAGGAAAUUAUAUUUAGUUUCACUUAGACUGUAAAGAUCUUCCUCAAACAAAGUAGAAAUAGCAUACAAAAUCAUUUACAUGACCAUUUAUUGCUCACAAUGCCAAACGUGAUGACAAAAGUAAGUCUCCUUGAUCCGAAUCUUCAUGACCUCUUUAAUGA